AUGGUCAGAAUCAAGAUGAUGGCCACCGGUGAUCCCAGCAUGUGGAGGAGACGAGGGACACCCAGACCUGUGCGCAUUCCCACUGACAGUGAUGAGGAGGCAAUGGACAACCCUCCACCCGUCCCCACCACCACCGACACAGCACCGACCACUGGGACAGAGCCAAGGCGCUCCGACUCACCGGACAUCCAAACCUAUCACCGACGAAACAAGGCGAGGAUGAUUGAACCACCACCUUCUUCUCCAACAGUCGCAAUGGACACCCAGGGAGGCGAAACGCCUCAAGAAGACACCACAUCCACCAGUCAUGGCCAGAAACGGCUAAGAACACCAUCACCGCCACCACCACCACCACCACCGAGCCCGGAGCAACAUCCAGAGACACCCAUAGACACACAUCCCGCAAGCUACGAAGAAGGCCAUCUGCCCAAUGAUUUGCCCAAACCAGCCCACUCGGAUCACAUCACUCAAGCCUUGACUUUCAACAAGGCAUCUGAACGAGCCCAGCUAGACAGAGUCUCUUCUCUGCCAUACCAUGCAAGUAAGUACAUACACCAUGGCACCCUUGAAGCACUGAGACUCCAAGACUAG